AUGGCAUCAUCCGCCCUGCCAGUGCCCAGCCAUCACCGGGCACUCGUGCUCGAAACGGUCGAACAAGGGUUCUCCGUGCAGAUGGUGCCAACUCCCCAACCGGGCCCGGGUAGCGCGAUCGUCCGCAUCGUCGAAGCCGGAGUGAUCUCGUACCAUCGCGACAUCUACAAUGGGGAGCGAACCUAUGAGUUCGCCAAGCCCAUCGUCGGCGGGUUGAGUGCGGUCGCGCGCAUCGUGGCGGUAGGUCACGAUGCCGUGGUCCUGCAGGCUGGCCAGCUGGUUUGGAUGGACUGUGUGAUGCACGCGCGAGACAACCCCGACUCUCUGUUUCUCAAUGCCAUCCAUGAGGGGUCGGACGCCGGCAGUCGGAAACUGAGCCGCGACGUCUGGCGUGACGGGGCGUUCGCCGAGUACAUGAGGGUGCCGCUGGAGAAUUGCUUCCGGCUGGAUGAGAACAGGCUGUGUCGGGAGCUGGGAUACACCACUCGCGAGUUGCUGUAUAUGAUGUACUUGCUGGUCCCGUUCGGCGGGCUCAGAGACAUCCGCCUCGAGCCCGGUGAGACGAUCGUGGUGGGUGCGGCGACCGGAGGGUUUGGUGGUGCGGCUGUUCAAGUCGCCGUCACCAUGGGCGCAAGGGUCAUUGCCAUGGGGAGGAAUGGAAAGGAGCUGGCCAGGUUGAAGGACCAUGUCAAGAAAGGGACGCCGGGUGCCAAUAUCGAGACCGUCUGCAUGACUGGCGACUAUGAGACCGAUGCCGCCGCCCUCCAAGCGUUCGGGACCGUCGACGCCGUCAUCGACUUCACACCGGCCUUUGCAUGCCAGUCGACCCACCUGAAGAGUGCGAUCCGCUCGUUGCGUCGCGGCGGCCGCUGCAGCAUGAUGGGCUAUGUCGAAGAUGUAAUCAAUUGGAACGUCAUCGCCCUGAACAUCACCAUAAAGGGGAAGCUGAUGUAUGAGAGGGACGAUAUCGUGCUGUUCGUGAAGAUGUUGGAGCGAGGCUUGUUUCCUCGCGGGAAAGAUCUCGUCGAUCCGAAGGUGUUUAAGAUGGAGGAGUGGAAGGAAGCCUUUGACGUUGCAGCCGAGUGGACAGGGAUUGGUAAGACCGUCAUGAUUGAGCCGUGA